AGAAUUUAUCCGAUCCGGCUAGAAGUGCUCUGGGCUGUCUUCCCGGGAAAUUUGGACAUUGUUUGACAUGUUUACGUUGCGGCGCGUGCUUUCAAAAUAUUUGGAAUAUCUGUUCAACACGUUUUUGUAGUAAAUAAUUUUUUUCUGCCAAUUUCUAUUGAAAAUUAAUUUUAAAUUAUUAGAAACCAAUGGCCAAGUUGCUGGCUUACUAUAGCUUGUGUCCGAUUAAUGAUACUCGUGAAUUUCUGGGUAUUUCUCGUGACGUUGGUUCUGGUUGCAUUAUUAACACACUUGGACGAAACAUAAUCCAGGUUGUAAAGCUUAGUAACCAGAAACUGCAACACAGCUGGACAUCACUGGAGCGACUCACAAGCAAGGUGGUUUACGAUUUUCGUUCCGACAGAUACGUUGGUGUUUUCGGAAGCCGAUACAUUCGCUGCUGGACCAAAGACCAAAUCGACAUAAACAAGGCCAAAAAAGUUAAAUUUUUCCGUGGCAUACAGCAACUUCUUACUUUAGACAAUGGGCAAGUGUUGAUUAUAUACGAUGACGGUACAUGCGAAUCGUUGGAAAGCGCAGUCCAGACGAGAAAUAAAGAUCGUCUAAAUCCAGACUGUAUAGUGAGAAAACCGAACAUCGAUCCUACGCGGAUGACAGUUGAACAAGUUAGUACGACUACCAUUGCCACUGGAGAGAUCUUGCUGACUUACUUCGUGAAAGAAAUAGAAUCUGGCGCAGUGGAGCUGAAUUUGGUGCUCUUGAAUAAGGAAAAUCUUAAGCCGGUAGGAGAUUUCCAGAAAAUAAGGCUCGAGCGAAGGGAACAAAACGUGCAGCUUGUUGGACAGUGCAUUGUGGAUGCAAGUGGCGGUCCUUCGUUAGUAACAAUCUGGUCGGACAAACGUAUUUUUUCUCAAUUACUGAAUUUAGAAGACGACCAGGCCGCGGACACUCAACACAAAUCUAUCGGAAGUUUUAUAUCUAUUUUGAAUACGAUCAACACUGCCCAACCGCUAUCGAUCAUUGGUAUCAGUAAGGAUUAUAUUGCGAUCUACGCCAACAAUCUAAACCAAGAAGGGGGAACACUGUUGCUUUAUAAUGUCCAGUUCAAAGUGGUACAAGCGAAACAAUUUUUCAAGGUGUAUUUCAGUAAUUCCCGGUUUUGGUUAAGCGAAAACCACAUUCUGUUAGCGUUCGGACAGACGUUAUCGGUCGUUCCGUUUAAGAUUAGCAAGGAACAACUGUGCGACAUGGUUGGAACGCAGAAAAGUCUCGAACUAAGUAACUAUGUUGACAACGAAAGCAUCAAUGAAGAUUGUGACUACAACGAGGGCUACUCAUUUGUGGGCCAUUUAGACAAGGCAGUUGAUGAACCUGAAGUACCAGAGCAGCAGCAAAAGGAAAAAGGACAAUUCAAGAUUUUUGAAAGUGUAGAAGCCUUCGAAGAGUCAUUAAGAGUUGCUUAUAAAAAUAACAUUCAGCUGGACAUUAUUCAGGAUGAAACACUUCCGGAAGAAGUUGUUCAAAUGAGACUGAUGAGUAACGUUGACAAAUCGAUUGGGCCGUUAAUAUUUUCCGAGCGCUUUGAAGCUUUUGUUAAUGAGUUGGAGACGCACGGAUUCUGUGAAAUAGAGAUUUCGGAUAAAAUUAUUCCCAUAAUGAUAGAAGCUAGGGCAACCAUGGAUGUAGCAAAGUGCUUGAAAAGAUACAGCACCAUUUCGGAAAGAGCGUUAGUUGCGGCUUUGAAAUAUGCACUUACUUGCAAAGCACCUCUGCCUAAAAGCAGUGAAAUGCCUGUUCUUGAAUCCAUGCUUUUGAAGACCUCAGAUAUUGAUCUUCCAAGUACAAAUAUGGAAAAUGAGCUUCCCAACCAAUACAUUCUCGAUUGCCACGAUAUUCAUGAUGAAUCUCGGAACGACUUGUUAAACAUAGUUCUAUCUUGCAGUACAAACCGAUCCGCAAUUUUACCACUGCUACGAAACGAACUAGAACUGAGCAUCGUACUUCGUUUACUGGAUCAUCUUCUUUAUCUGCUAACCGAUCCAGUUGCUCAGUUGAUGGAAUCCCCGACAAACAGCGACAGCUUCGAUAGUGAUGAAAAGGUCAUUGAAUGGAUAACUCUUUUGAUCGAUUCGCACUACCAGCAAAUUGUCCUUUCGAAGGAUGAAUCGAUCAAAGAGAAAAUUGUUUCACUCUUGAAUGUUGUAAAGCGGCAUGCCGAAAGUUUACGGAAACUAAAAUCACUUGCCCCAACCAUUCAGCGACUGGUCGAACGGAAAGGUGAUCGCAACGAAAGGCGACACAAUCAGUGGUACAGUGUGGAAACAAUUCAAUUGUAUUGAUAAAAUCGAUUGUGGAAUAAAUGUACAAUGAACAAUUUA